UUGUCCAGUUCAAAAGUAUAUCAAGAUAAAUUCCAAAAAUAUCUGUACGCUCAAUCAUGUCGAUGACCCGAACUCCACCGCCAAAACUUCAAAUGAGAACACGAUCAUCACUACAAGUGGAUAACGCGCCACCAUCGCCGCCGGGCGCGGGACGCCGUGAGGAAAACACGGAAGCGGGAAAACGUGGUGCUUCGACAAAUGAAAGUGGAAGUGCAGGUAAUGGUAAAGUGAUCGGGCUGCUAAAAGGUGACAAGACCCCGGGCAAGGCCGGGGAGGCCCAGAGGGAUUCAGCUAAUAGCAGUCAGCCAUGCUAGAUACACCAGACAUCACUGUUUUGAUCAAGGCUCCAAACCAGAAGCACGACGACCAUCCUGUGCAGUGCCGAGGGACUUGGACAGUGCAGCAGCUCAAAGGACAUUUGGCAGAAAACUACCCCACAAAACCAACGCUCCGGGAGCAGCGUCUGAUCUACUCGGGCCAGCUGCUGACUGACGACAGCCGGCUGGGGGACGUCCUGCGCCGCCAUGACGACGACUCCACCGUCCACACCGUACACCUGGUGUGCGCGCCGCCGGCCGAAGCCGCCCCCUCACACGCCGGGGGCGGCCUCCGACACAGGCGCCAGCAGCAGCAGCAGGCGGCGCAGCAGCCACAGCCUCAACAGCCACCACAGCCGCAGGUGGCAGCGGCUGCGGCGCCGCCGGCCGGCGCGCUGCCGCACCAGUACGACCUGGGUCAGUGGGCGCAGCAGCUGCACGGCGGCCACCACCAGCUGCUGGCCAUGCAGCACAUGUACUCGCAGUACUGGGCCCAGUACGCCCAGAUGAUGCAGUACGGUCCGGGCUCGAUGCCACUCAUCUGGCCCCAGCCGACUCCGGUACCGGCCGCCGGGUCGGGACACCUCCCGGCCGCCGCCGCCGCCGCCGCCGCUCACACUCCGCCGCCCGCCGCCCCCGCCCCCGCCCCGGCGGCCGCCCAGCCGCCGCCACCCGCCCCCGCGCCGGCCGCCAACAACAAUCAGAAUGUUCGACUCAAUGCGCAGGGUGGUGUGAUGGACGAGGAGGAGGACGCCGGCGGCCAGUGGGAUUGGCUCGACUGGCUGCACGGCCUGGCCCGCCUCUCCGUGCUCUUCUUGGCCGUCUAUUUCUACGCCUCUGUCUCCCGGCUGGUGCUCGUGCUCGGCUUCGGAUUCCUGGCCUAUCUGUACAACCAGGGCUACUUCCAGCCGGCCCGGGUCGCCCCACCACCCGCUCCGGCUGCCGCUCCGGCUGCGGCUGCGGCUCCGGCUCCAGCGGCUCCGCGGGAGGAGCAGCCGGGUGGAGAGGACGGUGGGGACGCCGGUCAGCCUCCCCGCCGGGAGGACGGAGAGGAGGAACGACGGGAGGACCGCCGGGAGGACGGAGAGCUCCGUGUCAGCGAGGAGCUGCGACGGGUGAUGGAGCAGAUGGGCGUGGAGCCGCCGCAGCUGGAGAACCGGCCGCACCCGAUCACACUGGCCUGGACCUUCUUCAAAUCAUUCUUCGCCUCACUGAUACCAGACCGGAUCGAACAGUGACGCCGCCCCCUGUACUCCCACCUACACUGAGUGUAAAUUCGCUGUACGCGCCUCUAGCAUAGCUCUGACACUAGGUUAGCGAACGCAACAUAAUUGUUUAUUACGGCAAGGCGUUGUCCUGAUAUUUAACGUGGACGAACCGCUCCUUACCCACCCUGGAGAGCGGUUGGGUAGUCUGAUGGGUGUGUAAAAUCUCCGGCGGUAGUCUACCACCGGUAGUCGGUAUCAUGAGUUCUAUUUUUGUGCCAGAUGAUUUUAGUUGCUCGUCUGUUGCGGCGGCGACGGAAGGUUUGUGUGAUAGCUAGUCGGAGAUCGGCCCGACGGGUCGGGUCGGCUCGGAAAUGGUCCGCGGUAUGUGGUGCUUUCUGAGAGAGAAAACUUGUCGACAGCGCGGGGGAAACGGACGAGACUUUCGGAGCGAGUCGGCUCGCUAGGGCGGCGUGUGGGCUGCUUUAGAGAGCGUCGGAAACCCCGACUUACGCCGCCACUGCUUGGGGAAAUAGUUGCGGGCGUGUUGCUAUUUAAUAAUCUAGAUAAACUAUAUGUUCUAUUACGAUAUCAGCUGACGACGACGUUCCGAGAAGCUUUUGACCGUGUGCCGUGCUCUUAGAAAAUAUCAGCCGGGAAUAUCACAGUUGUCUUUUAGGGUUUUGUGCCCCUGGGUGUGUCCUUUUUGAACGGCGAAUGUUUCUCCAUCCCUCUUUUCUCUUCCUCUGGCCAGUGUUCCAUCUCUCCCCGGCUGCCCUCUCCCGGACCGGUAUCUGUCUGUCUGUCUGUGUGUCUGUCUGGAGACCCGGCCGCCACCUCGCCGGCCGCCCGCCGUCUAUAGUUGGCCGUCUCCCUGCGGACGGCAGCGCGGCUCGGCGGGGUAGGAGGCCCACCAGCGCACUUCUGGCUGUUCAAUACACACGACUCAACACCACUGUCGUGGAAAA